UUCCUCCCUUUUCUGGUGAAACCCGCAGCUCCUCCUCAGCCCGAGCUCGGUCCCGCCGGCGAAAUUCUGCGAGCAACUCCCUCACGAACAGACCAGCUCCUCAGCCCGUCGUCACGAGCUCCUCCUCAGCUCGUCCCCGCGCAGCACCUCGCCCCGUCAUCCUCCUUCCGGCGAGCUCAUCCAGCCCGCAGGUCGCCAUCCACCGAACCAGCUUCGCAGCAGCUUCGUUCCCAUCUCCUCCACGCGCAACCAAACCGCGACCAGCUCCUCCACGCGCAACCAAAACCAGCAGAUCCGCAGUCAAGCUCUGCCCCGUCGGAAAUCGCGACCCUAGCUCGCGUUUUCCGGCGACUUUCCGCGCCUCAGUCCAAGCUCGCGCGACCUCACACGAGCUCACCUUUUCCCCGCGAACCAAUACCUCCGAGCCGGCCGACAUCAGCAAGUUCGCGACCAGCUUCCGUUCAGCUGGCAGCUCCGCCAUCCCAGGCCCGAUUCCGGCGAGUUCACGCCGGAAAUCGCGAGCUCUUCUGUUCACGCGAGCGUACCAGCUUCAGACCUGACCC